AUGCCUGGUAUUCCACAUUAUGAAAAAUUUAAAAAUUCUGUGUCAAGAUUCCAGAUAUUCCUCUAUUUUGUAUGUGCCUUCCAGAACAUCUCUUGUGGCAUCCACUACUUGGCUUCUGUGUUCAUGGCGGUCACGCCCCGGCAUGCCUGCAGGCCCCCAGGCAAUGUGAGUCAGGUUCUUUCCCAAAACCUGUCUAGCUCAAGGUUGGAAGACAUCUGGGCCUUGUCACCAGGACAGGAAUCUCAUGUGGCUGUGCGGCUGCAGGACGGCUCACUCUGGGAACUCACCAGCUGUCGCAGGUCCUGGAAGAAGGACAUCCUGAACUUGGAGUAUGACUACAAUGACAGUAAACGUGACUUCUCAUGCUCGGAUGGUUACAUCUAUGACCACAGCAAGUGGGAGAGCACCGUGGUGACUGAGUGGGAUCUAGUCUGUCACCGAGAAUGGUUGGCAAAGCUGAUUCAACCCGUGUUCAUGCUGGGAGUUUUGCUGGGAGCUGUGAUUUCUGGCUACCUUUCUGACAGGGUAGGAAGGCGGCGUACCCUGUGGUGCACAAGCGUUGGCCAGUUUUUGUUUGGCAUAGCAGUGGCGUUCACUUUUGAUUACUACAGCUUCAUGGUCACACGCUUUCUCCUUGCCAUGGCUGCAAGUGGCUAUCUUGUGGUGGUGUUUGUCUAUGUGACAGAAUUCAUUGGCAUGAGAUCUCGGACAUGGGCAUCCAUCCACGUGCAUUCCUUCUUUGCUGUGGGUAUAAUGGUGGUGGCUUUAACCGGCUACUUGGUCAGGACCUGGUGGCUCUACCAAAUUGUCCUCUCCACAGUGACUGUCCCCUUCGUUCUGUGCUGUUGGUUGCUCCCGGAGACACCUUUCUGGCUUCUCUCAGAGGGAAGAUAUGAAGAAGCACAGAAAGUAGUUGAUACCAUGGCCAAAUGGAACAGAACAAGCUCCUGUAAACUGUCGGAACUGCUGUCACUGGAUCAACAUGAUCCUGUUGUAGGCAAACCCUCUGAAGUAAAGAAGCACAGUGUACGAGAGCUGUUUUAUGAUUGGAAUAUUGCAAUAAGAACCCUUACUGUCUGGCUGAUUUGGUUCACAGGGAGUUUGGGAUUCUACUCAUUCUCCUUGAAUUCAGUUAAUUUAGGUGGCAAUGAAUAUCUAAACCUCUUUCUCAUGGGUGCGGUGGAACUUCCUGCCUACAUCUGUGCGUGCAUCGGGAUGGACAAGUUGGGGAGAAGAAAAGUCCUCGUGCUCUCCCUUAUCUCCAGUGCACUUAUCUGUGGGGCUAUUAUGGUGAUCCCCCCGGAAUACCAUGUUUGGGGUGUGGUGGCUGCUAUGGCUGGCAAAUUUACCAUAGGGGCAGCAUUUGGCCUCAUUUACCUUUACACAGCAGAGCUAUAUCCAACCAUUGUAAGGUCGCUGGCAGUGGGGAGUGGCAGCAUGAUUUGCCGGGUAGGGAGCAUCCUGGCCCCGUUCUGCGUGUACCUCACGAGUGUUUGGAUCUUCAUGCCGCAGCUGCUUGUUGGGAUCGUGGCCUUUCUGAGUGGAGUGCUAACGCUGAAGCUUCCGGAAACCCUCGGGAAGCCUUUGAGGACUACGUGGGAGGAGCCAGCAAAACUGGAGUCAGGAAAAGACAGUAGUUCGGACAAAUUACUUCCUUCAGUCAAUAAUGUUGUGCUAGAAAGAAUAGGAGUGAUUAAUGCAGAUGACGCUGGACCUUGUGAAUAA